UUACACUUGGCACAAUGCAGUCAGGCAAGUACCGUUCUCCUGGCAACUGCCAAAUCCCAACAUGUCCAUCGGAUUGCCAGACAGAGAAGUGUGAUUCGUCACUCCAGAGAACAGGUCUCCACUGCUCUAGAGUCCAUUGGCAGUUGGCUGAGUUGCUGUUGUUCCCAGUUGCUUCCACUGUGCUAUAAUACCACUAACCGUUGACGGUGGAAUAUUUAGUAGCAUGGAAAUUUCACUGAUAGACUUUAUUGGACAGGUGACAACCUAUCACGGUACCACGCUUGAAUUCACUGAGCUCCUGAGAGCGACCCAUUCUUUCACAAAUUUUUUUUAGAAGCAGUCUCCUUGCCUAGGUGCUUGAUUUUAUACACCUGUGGCCAUGGAGGUGAUUGAAACACCUGAGUCCAAUGAUUUGGAGGGG